AUGUUUUCUGCAUAUUUGUAUGGGUGGUUUAGAGUGUCUCUGCAGCGAGCAGAAAUAGGCGUAUGUAGAAGCUUUUGGCUUAUGUGUAUUUCUGCACAAAUGCCUGUGCGUAUCUGCACAUACGUAUGUGUGUGUGUUUGUAGGGAGGUGCAGAGUGUUGUUUUCUUUGCGUUUUCCCGUUGGAGGCAUUUGUUAUCUCUCCUUUGUUUCUCUUUUUCCGCAAGAAAUGCUUCGUUUGUCUGGAUGUUUCCUGCAUUUUCGCUGUUGCUUCUCCACACUGUUUCAUCGUGUCUUUCUUGUCCACACCUCGUUUGCGCUCGGCGGCGCUCCUCUCCCGCUGAAAGCCGCUGGUGUCUCCUCUGGUGUACAUACACCCGAGCGUCGUUCAGUUCUUUUCUUCCUUUCGUGCAUUUUUCGGGCGUCCGCUUUUUUUUCCGUUGUGCAUGCGUACCUGGCGCAGGCGUGGUUUUUUCUUCUGUGUUGCCUGUGCCUCACCCUCGACCCUCAACCUCGCCUCUUUUUUUGUCGCUUCCGUGGCUCAAGAAAGGAGGAGACGGAAGAAGCGAAAAGCUCUCAGCCCGGCGAACUCGUGCUCUGCAUGCACUGCGGCUUUCUACGACUUCCACUUCGAGAAAGGCGGCAGUGCGGAUAAGAGAGAGACACCCAUUCUAAAACAAUUUUCUUGUCCCGGACUGCAGAGGAGUUCCCAGUCGUGCUGUUGUUCAGAGGCAAAUAACACUCGAAGAGGAGCAAAGGCACCUAAAGAAAACG